AUGGCGGUGGACAGUGUGCUGGUCUCCGGAGGAAACUUUGUGAUAAACAGCCAUAACUACGAUGUCACCGAGAAUGAAUGCCUCAUUUGUCAUGAGGUCCUCGUGCAUGAGCCGAGUUCCCAGAAGAUUGAUAACGAGGAGCCUGGCAGAAUGGCAUUUGAACCGUCCGAAGAGUGCUCGUCAUGUAAGAGACGCACACACACCUACUGUCUAGCCGUCUGGUUCAACAAAGCCUACACCCAAAAGUGUCCCCAUUGUCGAGUCGAGGUGGCCGAAAGCUAUGCUCUCCAAAUCAUCGAGGCCGGACUAGGAGAGUGGGAAGCUAAGAACUGGAAGAACUGGAAGGAUGCAGACGUUUAUUGGCAACAUUACUAUGAUUCCGGCUACGAUGAUCAAUCUGACUCUGGUUACAACUACGAGGCUACGUCUGAGUCUGAGUCUGCCUCUGAUGGUGGGGUGGAUGCAGCAAAUCACGAAGAAGGCACAUCUCGUGUCAAUGAGGAGUAA